UUCAUCUUCUUCGUCCUCCUCCUUCUCCUCUUCCAAGUUUUUUUGCUUCUCUUAAAAUUCCAUUUCAUUAAAAAACACCUUCUACCUAUCUUUUCUCUAAUCACUCUGUAGAUUUUCUAAACCACGUAAUCAUAUAAUCAUCCUUCUCUUCUGGCGAUUGAAUUUCAUCUUCUUCUGAUAAAGUUUUGAUUUUUUUUUCCUGUAUACAAACUAAAAUUCAAAGUGGAGAAACCAAGCUGCUUUAAUCUCUUCUCGACGAUGAAGUGUUUCUUGUUCUCUGGUGGGGACAAGAAGGGUGAACAGAAGACCCCUAACUCUGUUUCAUUGACCUCCAACUUCUCUGACCGCGAAAUCAACCGAAGCGGGUCUGAGUUUAACUCUCGGGAUGUCUCUGGGACGAGCACAGAAUCAUCCAUGGGGAGGAAGAACUCAUACCCUACAAUGUCUACUAGAGCAAGUAAUCUCAGAGAGUUCAGCAUUACUGAUCUCAAGUCUGCAACAAAGAACUUUAGCCGAUCUGUUAUGAUUGGAGAAGGCGGUUUUGGUUGUGUCUUCAGGGGAACAGUGAGGAGUUUAGAAGACCCCUCAAUUAAAAUUGAAGUCGCCGUGAAGCAGCUCGGUAAAAGAGGGUUGCAGGGGCAUAAGGAAUGGGUUACAGAAGUGAACUUUCUCGGUAUAGUUGAGCAUACAAACUUGGUGAAAUUGCUUGGCUAUUGUGCUGAAGAUGAUGAACGUGGGAUCCAACGGCUUUUGGUUUAUGAAUACAUGCCUAACCGAAGUGUUGAAUUCCACCUGUCCCCUCGGUCACUCACAGUUCUUACUUGGGACCUCAGAUUGAGAAUCGCCCAAGAUGCAGCUCGCGGCUUAGCAUACCUACACGAAGAAAUGGAGUUUCAGAUAAUAUUCCGCGAUUUCAAGUCCUCGAACAUUCUUUUGGAUGAGGACUGGAAAGCAAAGCUCUCAGAUUUCGGUUUGGCGCGUUUAGGUCCAUCUGAAGGACUAACCCAUGUAUCUACUGAUGUUGUAGGUACAAUGGGUUAUGCGGCACCUGAAUACAUUCAAACAGGCCGUCUCACAUCAAAAAGCGAUGUGUGGGGUUAUGGAGUGUUCCUCUAUGAGCUUAUCACAGGAAGGCGACCAGUAGACAGAAACAAACCAAAGGGAGAGCAGAAGCUUCUAGAAUGGGUGAGACCGUAUCUAUCUGACACAAGGAAGUUCAAACUCAUAUUAGACCCGAGGCUGGAAGGGAAGUAUCCGAUCAAAUCAGUUCAAAAGCUAGCAGUUGUGGCCAACAGAUGUUUGGUUAGGAAUCCAAAGACACGUCCCAAGAUGAGUGAGGUGUUAGAGAUGGUGACCAAGAUUGUGGAAGCAUCUUCAGGGAACGGCAGCCCACAACUAGUUCCGUUGAAGAGUAAAAACGCCUCAAGUGACGCUGGAGGAAAGAACAAGAGGGGUUUAGAGACAAAGAACAAUGGUGGUGGCGGUGAAGGAGGUUGGUUUGGAAAGUUAUGGAACCCAAAGACAAUACGAGCUUGUUGAUUGUUUAAAAUUCAACCACAUCUUACGAAAACAGAAGACUCAAAGAAACGUUUCAGGGAGAUUGGAAAGCGUGAAGAUUUUGGCGAGAUCAAGAUCGAGCUUAUAUUUAUAUACAUACAUAUAUAAUUUACAUUUGAAGAUUAUGAAAUGUUCCAAAUGAUGUUUGUGUGAUUGUAACCACAGCUGAGUUAAGAAGAUGUGUAUAUAAGCAAAAAUGGCUUAUCAGAGUUUUGUUCCAAAGCUGAUAAAGUCUGCAGCACAAAAAAAAUACUCGUGCUUACGUGUAUUUGUGUGUGUGUGUGUAUGUUAGUUCUAAAAGUACCUAUUAAUUACCGUAAGUAAAUCCUCUUUCUUUUUU